GUUGGCUCCGUGGCGGCUCCGCCCGGCGCCCCGCGACGCAUGGCGAUGGGACAAGGCGAAUCUUGUGGCCUUCGUUCCUCCAAGAGCCAGGAUGUUCGCCCCGCCACUGCCCGCGCCGCCAGCCCCGCGCAGCCACGGCAGGUCUCGCCGCGGCCGGCACCCCGCCGGACCGGGCAGAGCCUCACAGCGCCCGCCAGCAGACCUGCGGCCGUAACCCCCACCCCGCCAGCGCCGGCUGCCCGGGGCGUGCGGGAAAGGAGUUUGGGCAGCAGCCAACGCAAUUUGGCGAGACCUCAAACUGCCAGGGCCGCCAGACCUCAGAGUGCUAGGAGAACUCAAACUCCGACGGUAAGACCACAGAGUGUGAGAAGAUCUGAUGGUGACACGCUGGGUCGAAGCCAAUCUCGAGUUUCACCAAGGCCUACAAGGUCCUCGAGCACCACGCUGUCGUCCCGUGGCGGGACCCUUGGGACCUCCAAGAGCGCCAGCCAGUUGGUGCGCACUGGUAGCGGGACACCAGGAUCUCCUGCAACAGCCAUGGACUUGCCAUCGGUGGAGGAAUUGAAACGAAUGAUCGCAGAAACUAAGAAGGAGGUGCGCGAAAUCCGUGCCGUGGAAUCAAAGACCAAGUGGCAGGUGAAUCGAGAGGAGCGGAAGGACAAGCUGGCGCAGACGAUUGCCACCCAAAGUGAGCUUCGCGAAUGGCGCUGGAAGCAGGCUGAAGGAAUGAAGGCCUUGGCAGUGCAAAGGGCGCAGGAAGCCAAGGUGAACGAUCUCCAGGAGUCCAAAGACUUUUUGAAAUUCAAGCGCGAAGCAAAGCUCAGGACCAAAGAGGAAGAGUUGCAGCUGCAAACUGAGGUCUACCACGACCGCAAGAAGGACUCUGCAUGGAAUGUCGCCAGGGCGCAAGAAGCCGUGGAACAAGAACAGGCCUUAGUGCGUGAGAAGGUGGAUCAUGUCCAGCACCUGCGGGAGGAGAAGAAGCAAAGAGUGGAGCAGGAGAAAGUCUCCACAGCGCAGGAACGCGCGCUGCAAGAGCACCUGGACGUGGCGCACUUGGCCAGACAGCUGGCCGCCGAGAAGGAGCGGCUGCUGGAGAAUUUGCAGUUCAGCCGCAGCUGUUUGCAAGCUCCCCUGAGGCGAAGGUAGAUCGCUGCCGAUCGUUGCGUGUCUCCUUGAAUUGUCAAUGCUUACAGGUACCCAGGUGUUGAUCCCCGGAACGAUCGGAACGAUGGCUGGGCUGAUGGCUGAUGGUUCGCACAAGACGCGCAGAAAA